UAGAAACUGAGGAACUGGACUAUACAACUGUAACUCUUACAAGAAGAACCUCACAUAUUCUCGUUGGCCCACCACUUUGUUUCGAGGAUUUUUUUGUAAAAAGUGGACGUUUCAGUUUAUUCUCUCCAAAAGAUCGAUAUCACUUGUACCAAAACUGUCAGUAUUGUUUACUUUCUAAAUUGGUACAACAAGACAACAACACGUUAAGGCACAUACCUCAAAUACAACAAGCUGAUAAACAAUACUCUGAGACUAGAAUCGA